UGUGUGUGUGUGUGUGUGUAUAUAUAUAUAUUUGCUGAUAACUUGUAUAAGUACUCCUCCAGAAAAUUAACUCCCUUACCUCGAUAUUUCUAUUAAGCUAUGCUUAGGACCACACAUUUUGUUCUCAUUGAUAAGGUCUUGAGUUCAUGACAUUUCCAUUGGGUGAAUGGGCAUGUGGGCAACCUACAUCAUGAGGGAUCCAUGAAAAAGUAAAAAAGGAAGACAACUUGCCUAAACUAAUAAGGCUAAAUCCAAUGUCCUUGCACCCACUCCCUCUUUGUACGAAUAUCUUAUCCCAAUUCCUAAUAUCCAAUAUAAUAUCAUCUUAAAUCUAAAUCUCUCCAUAGAACUUCCUUCAAGUUCUCAUCCUUUCUUUGCUAAUAUUUCUUUCUGAUCAUGACGACCACGCAAUCCGAACCCACAUGGGAAGAGCUCCUCGGCGCCAAUAACUGGGACGGCCUUCUCGACCCUCUCGACCUCGCUCUCCGGAAGCUCAUCCUCCGUUGCGGCGACUUCUGCCAAGUCACCUACGACGCCUUCAACAGCGACCAGAACUCCAAGUACUGCGGCGCCAGCCGCUACGGCAAGUCCUCCAUUUUUCGCGCAGUCUUCUUUCCCAACGCCUCCUCCUACGACGUCGUUUCCUUCCUCUAUGCCACCGCCCGCAUCAGUGUCCCCGAGGCCCUCCUCCUCCACUCCCGCUCCCGUGACUCCUGGGACCGCGAGUCCAACUGGAUGGGCUACAUCGCCGUCACCACCGACAGCGUAAGCAGAUCCCUCAGCCGCAGAGAAAUCCACGUCGCGUGGCGCGGCACCAUAAGGGACUACGAGUGGAUCAACGUUUUAGGGGCCGAUCAAGACUCUGCAAAGCCUCUGCUUAACAAAGACAGUACUGAUCAUGACGCUAAAGUGAUGAGGGGCUGGCUUACUAUUUACACUUCGAACAAUCUAAAUUCUCCCUUUGUGAAAACAAGCGCGAGAGUCCAACUCCUGACCAGAAUCAAACAGCUUGUGGAGAAAUACAAACAAGAGAAGCUCAGCGUGGUGAUAUCCGGGCAUAGUCUCGGUGCCGCCCUGGCCGUUCUCAGCGCUUUUGAUUUAGUCGAAAACGGCGUCGUUUCGGAGAGUUUUCCGGUCACCGCUUUUGUCUUCGGGUGUCCGCAAGUAGGGAACGAGGAAUUCAAGGAGAUAGCGGAGAAGCACCGGAACCUUAAAAUUCUCCACACGAAGAACACAAUCGACCUAAUACCACAUUAUCCGGGGAUGUUGUUCGGGUUCGUGGACAUGGGGGAGGAACUGGUGAUCGAUUCGAGGAAGUCGCCGCACCUGAACGAGUCGCUGUUCCCCGGAGACUGGCACAACUUGCAGGGGAUGUUGCACGUGGUCGCAGGGUGGAAUGGGGGAGACAAGGAGUUUGAGAUGAAGGUGAAGAGGAGUUUUGCGUUGGUGAACAAGUCGAGUGGGUUUCUUAAAGAUGAUUACUUGGUGCCUGAGUCGUGGUGGGCGGAGAAGAACAAAGGGAUGGUGUUGGAUGAGAGUAGUGGGGAAUGGAUUUUGGCUCCGCCGGACGAUGAGGAUUUGCCUGUCCCUGAGUUUUGAACUAGCUAGCUAGCACUUUUAGUUCAAUGGAUGAAAAUUGAUAAAUAGAUGAAUAUAUUUCCUGUAAUAAAUCCUAGUUGGAAAAUGGAAUAGUGGGUAUCAUACGUGUG